AUGGUUCAAGCGCCGAUGCUGUCCUGCCCGCUUAAGCAGACCAACGAGAUCGACUGGGUUACACCGUUGAAGAACUACAUCGCAAACAAUUAUGGUGAUGAUCCGGAGAAGUACUCGGAAGAGACCCAAACGUUGCAACGUCUUAGACAGGACAUGCGAGGUGCCAGCAGCGAUUCUGCUUCCGGACGGGACCUGUUGUACAGAUAUUAUGGGCAGCUCGAGCUGUUGGAUCUGAGGUUUCCGGUCGAUGAGCAGCAUAUCAAGAUCAGUUUUACUUGGUAUGAUGCCUUUAGAGGCACACCGACCUCCCAGCACUCUCUAGCAUUCGAGAAAGCGUCCGUCAUCUUCAACAUAUCCGCCGUGCUCUCUUGCCAUGCAGCUGCGCAAAACCGUGCCGAGGACAAAGACCUCAAGACCGCCUACCACUCCUUCCAAGCAUCCGCCGGAAUGUUCACGUACAUCAAUGAGAACUUCCUUCACGCCCCGUCCAUCGACUUGAGCCGUGAUACCGUCAAAGCCCUGAUCAACAUCAUGCUGGGCCAGGCGCAGGAAGUAUUUCUCGAGAAACAGAUCCGCGAUGGCAAAAAGCCGGCACUGUUGGCGAAACUCGCCGCCCAGGCACAAUUUCUAUUCAGCCAGGCCAGAGAGGGGCUCGAGUCCGACCAUGCCCGUGGUGUGUUUGAAUCUUCGUGGUUAAAACUGAUUCAAAUCAAGACAUUUCACAUGGCUUCUCUUGCAGAAUAUUAUCAAGCUUUGACCGAGGACGAGACCAAUCUUCAGGGCUCUGCCAUUGCUCGCUUGCAGUCGGCAGAAAAGUCCAGCAAGCAGGCGUACUCUUAUGCAAAGUCCUUCCCCUCCUAUCCCUCGCCGGAGUCGCGAUUGGGUUCGGAUACUGCUUCAAGCUUGCAAGCCAUUACACGAAGGCAAAUGGAGACUGUGCAGGAGAAGCUGAGCACGUUAGUCAAAGACAACGACUUCAUCUACCACCAAACCAUCCCAGCAGAGUCUUCAUUACCUCCUGUCACGAAGCUGCCCGCUGCUAAACCCAUCCCUCUUUCCGAUCUCUAUCAAGGGCAAGACAUUCAGAGGAUUAUUGGACCCGACAUCUUCCAGAAAAUUGUACCAAUAUCAGUGACCGAGUCGGCAAGCAUGUACGACGAGGAAAAGGCUAAACUGAUCCGAUCAGAAGCUGAAAAGGUGGAACAGGCCAAUGGUGAAAUGGCAGCCAGUCUGGACUAUUUGAAACUCCCCCACAGUCUUAACGUGUUGAAAGGCGGGCUGGAUCAAGAAGCAGGUGUGGACCAAGACUUCAUGCGGUGGUGUCAGGAGAUCGCAAACCACCAACCAUUCAACUCUGCUUUCGAGCAGCUUCAAAAGGACAAGCAGGCUGUUUUGGACAGUCUGGCCAAAAGCACAAAACAACUCGACAUGGAAGAAAGUGUCUGCGAAAAGAUGAGGUCCAAGUACGGCGCGGAUUGGACCCAGCAACCAAGUUCCCGCUUAACGUCAACGUUAAGAGCCGACAUCAAAAGCUACCGCGAUACUGUGGACGAAGCAGCCACGAGUGAUUCACAACUGCUCGCCACGGCACGGCAAUACGAAGCCGAUUUCGAAGAGAUGAGGAAAGCUGCCGAACAAGGCGAGACUGAUGUUUUGUGGCAGCGAGCCAUGAUAAAUGCUCGCUCGGGCUCCAAAUCAACAAAAAGUGCCGAAGAAGGCUCACUCCUGGACGAGGACUAUGGUGAAGGUGGACUGUCGGUUGCGGACCAGAUUGCAAAGGUUGAGGAUCUACUACGGAAACUAAACCUUGUCAAACGUGAGCGUAUGCAAGUCUUGAAGGAUCUCAAAGAGAAAGUCCACACAGACGACAUAUCGAAUGUUCUCAUCCUGAACAAGAAGGCGAUCGCCAACCAAGAAACCCAAUUGUUCCAAGCAGAAUUGGAGAAGUUCCGUUCGCACCAGAAUCGCCUCAUCUCGACGGUCCACAAACAGUCUUCUUUACUGAAGGAAUUAACAAAGACUUACGGCGAUCUCCUGCAGGACAAACGAGUCCGUGCAGACCAGCAAAAAUAUGAUGCCUUGCAGCGGAGCAAAAACAGUGUUCUAAGCAAAUAUCGGCGGAUUUUCAAUGCUCACGAAGAUUUGAUACAAGGCCUCAUGCGAGCCCAGGCCUUCUACAAUGAGAUGCGGGAAAGCGUCGACAGUCUCGAGAAGAACGUGGAUUCGUUUGUGAGCAACCGCAGAGCUGAAGGUGCACAGCUCCUCCAUCAGAUUGAGCAGACUAAGAAUAGCUCUGCCGAUGGCCAGGCUGCUGCGGAGCAGAAACGGAUGCAGGAGUUAAUGAACAGGUUAUCAAUGGAGCCAAAGUCGGCGUCUCCCUCACAGACCGAAGGUCCCAGCCUUCCGCCCCAUCCACCAUCUAUCAACGCGGGCAGGUCUCCCGUACCUCCGUCUCCAUCAUAUCCUACCGCGAACCCUGAUCCACGGUUCACCAUUCCACCCCGUCACUCACCGGCGCCGGUUAUACCUAAUGGGUACUCAAACCAGCUCAAGCCACCUUCACAACAACCCGCAAAUCCUUCCCCGGUAGAACCUCAGCAUGCGUUCGCCCAGGGGGCAGCCGCCCCCAUAUCCACAGGCUACAAUCCCAUGCUUUACCCAGAGAGGUCUACAGCAUCUCCUAUGCAAGCUGGCGGCCAGCAGCACUACCCCUUUUCGCCUGUGACAUCUCCGCCUGGGAUGAUGAAUGCAUACUUCCAGCAACAAGCUCCAGCCCAGUCGCAGACCCCAGUGCAGCCGAUGAAUUUUUCCUCGCCAACCCAAUACACCCAACCUCAGUACGGGUUCCCACAGCCAGGGGGUUCGUCGGCCUACCCUGCACCUUCACCACAUCCACAACUCCCUCAGUCACAACCUGUUUACCCAGGUUAUCAACCAUCGCCCUACAACAUGCCACAGAACUACAUUCCUCCUCCACCGCCUCCCGGCCCGCCUGGUGGGGGUUCUACGACACAAUAUCCCCCCAAUCCAUCAGGAGUCUGGCCCAGCGGUCCAGGAGGGUAUGCAAGUUAUACCCAACCCAGCCGGCAGGCCCAUCAACCACAGAAUCAGCCGGCACCGCAGCAGCCGCAAGGGCAGGGACAGGUGCAAGGGCAGCAGGAGCAAGAUCCUUGGGCAGGACUAAGUGCUUGGAAGUGA